AUGUUGCUGUCUGCCGUAUGUGAUUUUUUUUUUUUGUGUUACCUUUCUUUCUGGUGUGAAGUUCUAGAAGAAGUUAAUACCACACAGAAAUAUUUGCAAACAGUGGGACUCACUCUUGAAAAGUGCAUUGUGAAACUACAAGGUUUGAAAGCGUUUCUAGCAGAUCAGCACAGUGAAAUUGUGGAGAAGGCCAUUUGUUAUGCAACUAAGUGUAAAGAAAUGGACAUUUCAAUGGAAAGAAGAGGGAGAGUAAAGCUCCGUAAAACAAUGCCAGGAGGGAAGGCAAAGGACGCUGGUCUCACAUUGCCAGAGGAAAUGAAAAGGGCUAUGUUUGAGUGCCUUGAUCGUUUUCAUCACGAGUUGGACAUUUGUUCCCAGGCAAUUGAAAAAAUCUUUUUAAUGUUUGCUGUUAUUCAGCCAAACUCUCUAGUUGUGGCAACAGAGAAAGAUAUUCGUAAAUUAUACUCCAAAAUUGAUUGA